AUGGCUCCCGAUCUCAACUCAAUGGCCCAGUAUGCCACUGACGGUUAUGCCAACAACGGGGUGCCUCGAGAGGAAUAUACAAUUCCUGAUAUUGUGUUGCAUGGCCCCUACACCAGGAAGAUCCGUGUCUUGUCGAUCGGUGCCGGUGUAACCGGGAUCAUGAAUGCCUACCAUAUUCAGAAGUUUCUACAGAACGUGGAGCAUGUGAUCUAUGAGAAGAACGCUGAUAUCGGAGGCACCUGGUUGGAAAACAGAUAUCCAGGUUGCGCAUGUGAUAUUCCGAGUCAUGCAUAUACCUAUCCUUUUGCCCUGAAUCCCGAUUGGCCACGCUUCUUCUCUUACUCGCCCGAUAUCUGGAAAUAUCUCGAUAAGGUUUGCGAAGUAUGGGGCCUGAGGAAAUACAUGACUUUCAACACCGAGGUCGUGGGAUGCUACUGGCAACAGCAGACGGGCGAAUGGCUCGUGAAACUGAAGCAGACAAGUCCCGAUGGAACCACACGUCUCUUCGAAGACCGCUGCCACAUGCUUCUUCACGGGACAGGUAUUCUGAACAACUUCAAAUGGCCCAACAUUGAGGGAAUGGAGAAGUUUAAGGGGAAGAUCAUGCAUACGGCUCGGUGGCCCAAGGACUAUCAGGCCGAGCAGUGGAAGAAGGAUCGUGUCGCUGUUAUCGGGUCUGGAGCCUCUAGUAUUCAGACAGUACCCACAAUGCAGCCACACGCCAAACAUCUCGAUGUGUUCGUCCGGACGGGUGUUUGGUUUGUGCAAAUUGCAAACAACUUCGGCGCAAACCAUGAAUAUACGGACGAGCAGAAACAAGAUUUCCGCGAUCCAUACAAAAUCACCGAGCAUGCCAAGUCCAUCGAGGACCAGGUCAAUGGGCUCUGGGGUUCCUUCUACAAGAACUCAAAGGCUCAAGAAGAGGGACAGGCCGCUUUGAAGGCCCGCAUGGCUGAGAUGAUAAGGGAUGAGAGACUCCUCAAAGGGUUUACUCCCACUUUCGGCAUUGGUUGCCGCAGGAUUACUCCUGGUGAUCCGUAUAUGGAAGCCAUUCAGAAGCCCAAUGUCGACGUUCACUUCACCCCUGUUGAAAAGAUUGACGAAACAGGAGUUAUCGGGGGCGAUGGCAUUCACCGCGAAGUUGACACAAUUGUUUGUGCCACUGGUUUUGACGUAUCAUACCGUCCUCGCUUUCCCAUCGUCGGCCAGAAUGGAGUCGACCUAGCCGAUAAGUGGAAGGUCUGCCCCGAGGGCUACCUUGGCCUCGCGAUUCCCGAAUUUCCCAACUUUUUGACAUUUAUCGGACCCAACUGGCCUGUGGAGAACGGCAGCGUUAUGGGUCCGCUGAUGUACGUCUCAUACUACGCUCUGCAGAUGAUCAAGAAGCUCCAGUCCGAGUACAUUUGCAGCAUCGCGCCGAAGCAAGACGUCACGGAUGCGUUCAAUGAGCAUUGCCAAGAAUGGAUCAGACACACUGUUUGGGUUGAAGAAUGCCGAUCAUGGUACAAGAACAACGAGACAGGUCGGGUGAAUGCCGUUUGGCCUGGCUCCUCUUUGCAUUACAUUGAAGCCAUCAAAACACCCCGUUAUGAGGACUUUGAAAUCGACUACCUUGGACCUGCUAAGAAGAACAUGUGGGCGUUCUUGGGCAUGGGUACAGUCCAGGCUUUAGUCAACAAAGAGGACGUAUCCCCAUAUCUGAAUCCUGAGGCCAUUGAUCCGGACUGGAUGAAAGCUGUGGGCAUUGAUGCGAGUAAGUUGCACGAGACCAAGUUGAAGGAUUUGCAAGCAAAACACGAGGAGCAAAAGGAGAAGAGCAAACAGAACGUGGAGAAGAUCGAUGUCUCUUGA